UGCGUCUGACAACGACGAACAUGAGUAUCCCUCCUCCCCCUCCUGGGUUUAUGGCCCCGCCCCCGGGGAUGCCAGGGGCUAACAAUGCUGGCGCGUCUGGGUCGCGUAUGCCGCCUGAAGCUUUGGCGCAGAAGUCCCUGAAGUGGGUGCAAAUGCAAAGGAAACGCUAUGGCGAGAAGCGCCGCGGUGGUUAUGUUGAUAUGGGCAAGCAGGACCUGCCCCCCGAGCACGUACGCAAAAUCAUCAAGGACCAUGGUGACAUGUCCAACCGCAAGUUCCGCAACGACAAGCGAGUACACUUAGGCGCACUGAAGUACGUCCCGCACGCGGUGAUGAAGCUACUCGAAAAUCUGCCCUUCCCUUGGGAGCAAGUCCGCGAGGUCCCUGUCCUUUACCACAUCACGGGCGCCAUCACAUUCGUCAACGAGAUUCCCCGCGUUAUAGAGCCCGUCUAUCAUGCGCAGUGGAGCACGAUGUGGCUGGCAAUGAGGAGGGAGAAGCGUGAUCGUCGCCACUUCAAGCGGAUGCGCUUCCCUCCCUUUGAUGACGAAGAGCCGCCUCUGGACUACGGCGACAACGUUUUGGACGUGGAGCCGCUCGAGGCCAUCCAGCUUGAAUUGGAUGAAGAGGAAGACGCAGCCAUCAUCGACUGGUUUUACGACCCGAAGCCAUUGAUCGACACGCCGUCCGUCAAUGGGCCGUCGUACAAGUAUUGGUCGCUCAGCCUGCCUGUCAUGGCAAACUUGUAUCGCCUCGGUCGCACACUACUCUCCGACCAGGCGGAUAACAACGCUCAAUACCUUUUCGAUAAGAAGUCUUUCUUCACGGCGAAGGCGCUCAACAUGGCCAUUCCCGGUGGCCCGAAGUUUGAGCCGCUAUACCGUGACAUGGACACUUUUGACGAAGAUUGGAACGAGUUUAACGACAUCAACAAGGUCAUCAUCCGGCAGCAGAUCCGCACCGAGUACAGGGUUGCAUUCCCUCACUUGUACAACUCGCUGCCGCGCUCGGUGCACAUCUCUCCUUACCAUGCGCCAAAGAACGUGUACAUUCGUACCGACGACCCCGACCUCCCCACUUUCUACUUCGACCCGCUCAUCAAUCCCAUAUCCUUGCGCGGUCUGACACCGAAGAACAUGCCCCUUAUUGCGCACGAGGAUGCUGUUAUCGGGCCCAACGACGACGACGACUUCGAAAUCCCCGACGAGGUCGAGCCCUUCCUGGAGGACAAGCCCCUCGAGAACGACCUCUCUUCGGACGCCAUCGCCAUCUGGUGGGCGCCGGAGCCCUACUGCCGUCGCUCUGGGCACAUGCGCCGCGCGCAGGACAUCCCACUCAUCAAGAACUGGUACAUGGAGCACUGCCCGCCCAACCAGCCAGUUAAGGUUCGCGUGUCGUACCAGAAGCUGCUGAAAUGCUACGUCCUUAACGAGCUGCACACGCGCCCGGAGAAGGCAAUGACGAAGAAGAACUUGUUCCGCCAGCUCAAGGCGACCAAGUUCUUCCAGACGACGCGGUUAGACUGGGUGGAGGCAGGCUUGCAAGUGUGCAGGCAGGGGUACAACAUGCUGAACUUGCUCAUCCAUCGCAAGAACCUGAACUACCUGCAUCUCGACUACAACUUGAACCUGAAGCCGGUCAAGACCCUCACCACGAAGGAGCGCAAGAAGUCGCGUUUCGGAAACGCCUUCCACUUGUGUCGCGAGAUCCUGCGUUUGACGAAGCUUGUUGUCGACGCCAACGUUCAGUUCCGGCUGGGCAAUGUCGACGCCUUCCAGCUCGCCGACGCUCUUCAGUACAUCUUCGCUCACAUCGGUGCCCUCACGGGUAUGUACCGAUACAAGUACAAGUUGAUGCGGCAAGUGCGCAUGACGAAGGAUCUCAAGCACUUGAUCUACUACAGGUUCAACACUGGUCCUGUUGGCAAGGGUCCUGGUGUCGGUUUCUGGGCUCCCGGCUGGCGCGUCUGGCUGUUCUUCAUGCGCGGUAUCGUGCCCCUCCUUGAGCGCUGGCUCGGCAACCUGCUCGCGCGUCAAUUCGAGGGUCGUAACUCGAAGGGUAUCGCGAAGACGGUGACGAAGCAGCGUGUCGAGUCGCACUACGACCUCGAGCUUCGUGCCGCGGUCAUGCACGAUAUCCUUGACAUGAUGCCGGAGUCGAUCAAGCAGAACAAGUCGAAGACGAUCCUGCAGCACUUGUCGGAGGCGUGGCGUUGCUGGAAGGCCAACAUUCCUUGGAAGGUCCCUGGCAUGCCAACCGCCAUCGAGAACAUCAUCUUGCGAUACAUCAAGAGCAAGGCCGACUGGUGGUGCUCCGUCGCGCACUACAAUCGCGAGCGUAUCCGCCGUGGUGCCACCGUCGACAAGGCCGUCGUCAAGAAGAACCUUGGGCGUCUCACUCGUCUCUACCUUAAGGCCGAGCAGGAACGCCAGCACGGCUACCUCAAGGACGGACCGUACAUCAGCGCCGAGGAGGCCGUUGCGAUCUACACGGCGACGGUGCACUGGCUCGAGAGCCGCAAGUUUGCGCCCAUUCCUUUCCCGCCGCUGUCGUACAAGCACGAUACGAAGCUGCUGGUGCUCGCGCUGGAGAAGCUGAAGGAGGCGUACUCUGUGAAGGGUCGCCUGAACCAGUCGCAGCGUGAGGAGCUUGCGCUCAUCGAGCAGGCGUACGACAACCCGCACGAGUGCUUGUCGCGCAUAAAGCGUCUGCUACUCACUCAGCGCGCAUUCAAGGAGGCGGGCAUUGAGUUCUUCGACACGUAUGACAAGCUUAUCCCGUGCUACGACAUCGAGCCGGUGGAGAAGAUCACGGACGCUUAUCUUGACCAGUUCUUGUUCUUCGAGGCGGACAAGCGUGGUCUUUUCCCGGCCUGGAUCAAACCCGCCGACACCGAGCCUCCCCCGCUCCUGGUCUACAAGUGGUGCCAGGGCAUCAACAACUUGACCGACAUCUGGGAGACCAGCGAGGGCGAAUGCAACGUCAUGAUGGAGACCGUUUUGUCCAAAGUCUACGAGAAGAUCGACUUGACGCUGCUCAACCGCUUGCUGCGACUCAUUCUCGACCACAACUUGGCGGAUUACAUAACGGCGAAGAACAAUGUUGUGCUCACGUACAAGGACAUGGCGCACACGAACGCGUACGGUCUCAUUCGCGGCCUGCAGUUCUCCGCCUUCGUCUUCCAGUACUACGGCCUCGUACUCGACUUGCUCAUCCUCGGCUUGCAGCGCGCCAGCGAGAUGGCCGGACCGCCUCAGAUGCCGAACAACUUCCUGCAGUACAGGGACUCGGCGACAGAGACGCGCCAUCCCAUCCGCUUGUACUCGCGCUACGUCGACCGCCUGCACAUCCUCUUCCGCUUCACUGCGGACGAGGCUCGCGACCUCAUCCAGCGCUACCUGUCCGCGAACCCGGAUCCGACGAACAACAAUGUCAUCGGUUAUAACAACAAGCGCUGCUGGCCGCGCGACUGUCGCAUGCGUCUCGUCAAGCACGACGUCAACCUCGGUCGCGCCGUCUUCUGGAACGUCAAGCAGUCGCUGCCGCGCUCGCUCACGACCAUCGAGUGGGAGGACACGUUCGUCAGCGUCUAUUCGCAGAACAACCCGCAGCUGCUGUUCUCGAUGUGCGGCUUCGAGGUCCGCAUCCUGCCCAAGAUCCGCACGAUCAGCGGCGAGCAGUUCUCGCUCAAGGACGCGGUGUGGAAUCUGACGAACGAGCAAACGAAGGAGCGCACGGCUCAGGCCUUCCUACGCGUCUCGGACGAGGGUGUUCAGCAGUUCAACAACCGUAUCCGCCAGGUCUUGAUGAGCUCCGGCUCGACGACGUUCUCGAAGAUCGUCAACAAGUGGAACACGGCGCUGAUUGGGUUGAUGACUUACUACCGCGAGGCCGUCAUCCACACUACGGAGUUGCUGGACGCGUUGGUCAAGGCGGAGAACAAAAUUCAGACCCGUGUCAAGAUCGGCCUGAACAGUAAGAUGCCGUCGCGUUUCCCUCCCGUCGUCUUCUACACGCCCAAGGAACUCGGUGGCCUCGGCAUGUUGUCCAUGGGGCACGUCCUGAUUCCCCAGAGUGACUUGCGGUGGUCGAAGCAGACGGAUGUCGCCGUCACACACUUCCGCGCCGGUAUGUCGCACGAGGAGGAUCAGCUCAUUCCCAACUUGUACCGCUACCUGCAGCCGUGGGAGGCCGAGUUCCUCGACUCGGCACGCGUCUGGUCGGAGUACUCGAUGAAGCGCAAGGAGGCUAGCGCGCAGAAUCGUCGUCUCACGCUCGAGGACCUCGAGGACAGUUGGGACCGUGGUAUUCCGCGUAUUAACACGCUCUUCCAGAAGGACCGUCACACUUUGGCAUAUGAUCGUGGUUGGCGUGUGCGUACGGACUGGAAGCAGUACCAGCUGCUCAAGCACAACCCCUUCUGGUGGACUUCGCAGCGCCACGACGGCAAGCUUUGGCAGCUCAACAACUACCGUGUCGACGUCAUAUCCGCGCUCGGCGGUGUUGAGAGUAUCCUGGAGCACACGCUUUUCAAGGGCACUUACUUCCCGACCUGGGAGGGUCUUUUCUGGGAGAAGGCAUCCGGCUUUGAGGAGUCCAUGCGGUACAAGAAGCUGACGAACGCGCAACGGUCCGGCCUCAACCAGAUUCCUAACCGUCGCUUCACGCUAUGGUGGAGUCCGACCAUCAACCGCGCCAACGUCUACGUCGGUUUCCAGGUCCAGCUUGACUUGACUGGUAUCUUCAUGCACGGCAAGAUCCCAACCUUGAAGAUCUCCCUCAUCCAGAUCUUCCGUGCGCAUUUGUGGCAGAAGAUUCACGAGAGUGUAGUCAUGGACUUGUGUCAAGUGUUCGACCAAGAGCUCGAGCCCCUCCAGAUCGAGACCGUCCAGAAGGAGACGAUUCACCCUCGUAAGAGUUACAAGAUGAACUCCUCCUGCGCCGAUAUCCUCCUCUUCUCCGCCUACAAGUGGAACAUUGCUCGUCCUUCCCUCGUCACUGACCAAAAGGAUGUUCUCGACGGCACGACCAGCAACAAGUUCUGGAUCGAUGUCCAGCUUCGUUGGGGUGACUUCGACACGCACGACAUUGAGCGUUACACCCGUGCCAAGUUCCUCGACUACGUCUCCGACUCGAUGAGCAUUUACCCCUCGCCUACUGGUGUCAUGAUCGGCAUGGACUUGGCGUACAACCUCUGGUCGGCUUACGGCAACUGGUUCCCGGGUCUCAAGCCCCUCAUCCAGCAGGCCAUGGCGAAGAUCAUGCGCGCGAACCCGGCUUUGCACGUCUUGCGCGACCGUAUCCGCAAGGGCCUGCAGCUGUACUCGUCCGAGCCGACGGAGCCGUAUCUGAACAGCCAGAACUACGCCGAGCUGUUUUCUAACCAGAUCAUCUGGUUCGUCGACGACACGAACGUAUACCGUGUUACGAUCCACAAGACGUUCGAGGGCAACUUGACCACGAAGCCCAUCAACGGCGCUAUCUUCAUCUUCAACCCUCGUUCCGGACAACUGUUCUUGAAGAUCAUCCACACGAGCGUCUGGGCAGGGCAGAAGCGUCUUGGCCAAUUGGCGAAGUGGAAGACGGCCGAAGAAGUGGCGGCUCUUGUCCGUUCGCUGCCAGUCGAGGAACAGCCGAAGCAGGUCAUCGUCACCCGCAAGGGCAUGUUGGAUCCUCUCGAAGUCCAUUUGCUCGACUUCCCCAACAUCGUCAUCAAGGGUAGCGAGUUGCAGUUGCCGUUCCAGGCUUGCAUGAAGAUGGAGAAGUUCGGUGACCUGAUCCUGAGGGCGACGCAACCUCAAAUGGUGCUGUUCAGUCUGUACGAUGAUUGGCUGAAGUCCAUCUCGAGUUACACGGCGUUCUCGCGGUUGAUCCUGCUUCUUCGCGGUCUGCACGUCAACAACGAGAAGGCGAAGAUCAUCCUGCACCCCGACAAGAACACCAUCACGGAGCCUCACUUCGUUUGGCCGUCCCUGUCCGAUGAAGAGUGGAUUAAGGUUGAGGUUGCGAUGAAGGAGCUCAUCCUGGCGGACUUCGGCAAGCGCAACAGCGUGAACAUCGCAUCGCUCACCGCAAGUGAAGUGCGCGACAUCAUCCUCGGUCAGGAGAUUGCCGCGCCUUCUGUGCAGCGUCAGCAGAUGGCGGAGCUGGAGAAGAGCUCCCAGGCGCAGGGUCAAAUAACCGCGGUGCAGACGCAGACGACGAACGUGCACGGUGAUGCCAUCCAGACUGUGACGACCACGAACUACGAGCAGACGGUUUUCAGCAGCAAGUCCGAUUGGCGUGUGCGUGCUAUCUCGGCGACGCACCUCCCCUUGCGUCUGCAGCACAUCUACGUGUCCAACGACGAUGUCAAGGACGACGCUGCCUCUUACACAUACGUCUUGCCGAAGAACAUCCUGCGCGCUUUCGUCACUGCGGCGGAUCUGCGCACGCAAGUCGCGGCGUACUUGUACGGUGUGUCGCCACCGGAUAACAAGCAGGUCAAGGAGAUUAAGGCCGUCGCAUGGGUGCCGCAGCGCGGGAGCAACAACAGCGUCGAGCUCCCUAACCGCUUGCCCAAGGACGACUUCCUCCUCAAGGACCUCGAGCUCCUCGGGUGGAUCAAGACCCAAGCCCUCGAAAUCCCGCACCUCUCGCCGACGGACGUCACGACGCAGGCGCAGAUCAUGGCCGAGCACCCCGAGAUGGGCUCGUCCUCCAUCUGCCUCACCGUCUCAUUCACGCCCGGCUCCAUCUCGCUCUCCGCGCACUCGCUCACCGUCGCCGGCUUCGAGUGGGGACGCAAGAACCAGGACCGCUCCGCGAAUCCGCCGGGCUUCAACCCGAACAUGUCGGAGCGCGUGCAGCUGCUGCUGUCCGACCGCAUCCUCGGGAUGACGCUCGUGCCAGAGGGCAGGGUGUGGAACUACGGCAUCGGCCUCACGCAGCUGUGGUCGCAGAAUGUGCCAUACUCGAUGACGCUCGACACGCCGCUGCUGUUCUGGGCGGAGGAGCACCGGCCGGCGGCGUUCUUGACGUUCGCGAGCCUUGAGCAGGGCGAGGAUAGUGCUGAUGUGGAGAAUAGCUUUGCAUGAUUUUUUAUUGUAGUGUAUAUCCCUUGUAUUUGUAGUGCGAAAGUACUGUACGGACGGUGCGAUGGCUGUAAUGA